GUGUUUGCGAGCCUUGAGCAGCCAACCACAGUGACAGUUCUUGGAAAACUGGGUGCCAUGCACGAAGCAGCCAAGACAGCGGCUGAGAAAAAGUCAAAGCAGCUGAGCAACACUCAGCUGAAGAUUCGGGGGCUGCAAGCUACCACAUCCAAUCGCCAGAAGAAUGCCAAGAAGCAGGCAUUGUUGAAGCUGGACGAGGAGGAUCAAAAGUCUCUCCAGCAGAAGAGGAACACAAGGCGCCGCAUGAUUUGGAAACAGUUGAUGGAGAAGAGAGGAAAGCAGCCUCGGAAAAGGAUUCAAGAAUCCUUUGAUGGAAUGGAUCCCAAGCGAGUCUACAGACCCAAGCUGAGCAUCCAAGACCGCCUGGAGGUUGUGGAGUGGGUCCUAAAGAAAAAGAAAGAGAUGCAGGAUCCUGAGCCGUGCGAGCUGGCGGAGAUCGAAUUCCCGGAGAGGGUUGGUCCCCAUGUGAGCAUCAGCCGAUGGGUGAAGCAAAAGGAGGCUGCUGGCCUGGCCUCCAAGAAAAAGGGGAAGGUGCGCUUGCAGAGUGUGCCGGCAGAGGUUCUGGCUUCGCUGGACGAACAUAUGUCCGUGAUGACUUCCGGAGUGUCUAGCGUGACGGCGCGGAACGAAGAAGUCAUGAUCUGGCAGAUUGUCAACACUGCAGAGAAAAUGUGCAAAGAGUGGAAUGCGAAGAUGAAGGAGAAGCGCCUGCAGCUGCAGAAUGAGAAGGCCGAGCUCACGGCGGGCGUGCUGGAUGGCACAGUCAACCCACAGGUCGCGCAGGAGAUGAAGAUCCCCACCCUGGCCUUAGAGCGGGCCAAUCGUGGGAAAAUGAAGAAAAGCGAUCCGAAGGAGAUUGGCACGUCAUUGAACGACCAUGUAUCAAAGGCCCGCCUUUCCUUGACCAUCAUGACGUCCUCCUGGGCGGACUGCAGCCCAGGACCACUGGGAAUUCAUGUUCCUGCUGGUGUCAUGGACGAAAAGGACCUUCAAGACUUUAACCAGGCUCACGUCGGCGAUGCAGUGGCCAUUUCAAGUGAUACCCGCACGCACUUCAUGUCAGGAACGACGUGGAACCAGCUUCUAUAUUCCCUGUACUCUCCAGCCUUUGACAAGCAGCGCAGGAAGUACAACUUGGAUGCAACGAACAAAGGCAAGUUUUUGGCUGACGCCUGGUUCAACUCGGACCUCACCAAGCGGCCGCACUUCAGCGAGUUGGAAUUGGGAAGGACUGCCUUGCAAAGAGCGGUUGCAAAGUUCACAAAGGAACGAAGCAAGCUGGUGCAGGAUGGAGCAGGGAACGAUUUGACAAGGAAGCAGAAGGACAGUCUUUCCAGCCUCUUUGCCAAGCCUAUAUGGAUGGUGUUUCUACCACGCAAACAGAAGGUAGCACCGCCUCUGUGGAUGCAGAAACACACGAAAAUUGAUCAACAUGGGUCUAUGGUUGUUACUUGCAAGAGGGGCAAGCCACAGUUGCUGGAGCUUCGCUUUCGUCCAGUCACUUUGUCUGGAGGUUCCGAGGUCAACUAUGUUUCUGGAGGAGAAUUCUACCUUUCAGGCCCAAACUUUCCUGCAGCUUUGGUCAAAUGUGUGGCCCUGCAAGCAAGCGAUGCAGCCGCAGCUCCAUGGCGACUCGAAGAGUAUGAUGAUGACAAUGCGGAUGAGGAGGGAAGCGACGGUGAGCAAAGUUCGGACCACCCUUCUGCUACAGAGUCUGCAGAGCAGGAUGAAGUCUUGGAGCCACCUGCCCGAUGGCAGCCUGACAGGCUGUAUGAGAACUUCGAAGGCUCUGAUUGUGAGAGGCACGAUCUCUGGAAGCCGGAAGGCCAGGUAGAAGCUGAAGAGAGUGAAGCAGAAUUUUGCGAGGCUGCAGAAGAGGAUCAUGGGGCAAUUUCACGGCCUCGUGGAAAGACUACCUCAGCUGAAUGGCUUCAAGUAGUUGCGGAGGGCUGGACCUACAAAAUGCCCACAGUUGAGAACUCCACGCUCGGGCGGCGUGCCCAUGGGCGUGGAGCGCACGCUAUCCUAUGGCGCAUGGGCCUGAGUACUGCUCCCGAAGCUGGGGAAAUGUACGGAGUCCUCUGGUGGCACUGCUGGAGUGCAUGCAUUGGCUCGUCUCAUGCCACGCAUCGCACGGUCCAAAGGAGGAGCGCGAGCAUUGGAAGGCAUUGGCAAAUGAAUUGUUCGAGCGAUCGCUGA